GCGGUCAACAUUGUGGUGGGUGGAAACCGGGCAGAGCCGGGGGGAAACCCACGACCAUCCGCAGGUUGCUGACAGACCUUCUCACGUACGGCCGGAGAGGAAGCUUAACAAAUAGAAAUUUCCAUUUUAACAUGGCCGGAUGUACGGCGCAUCGUCUCAACAGAGUGAAUGUGAUGACCUACAUGUUAUUGCAAAUGGUGCAUAUGUCUAGAGCUAAUCCGUGAGCUAUGUCGGAAGUGACCAGGCCUGCCACCGUGGUGCUAGUGGGGUGUGGCGUGAGAGGCCAAAAUUACGCGUCAUAUGCAUUAGCGCAUCCCGACCGACUCAAGAUUGUGGGUAUAGCGGAGCCACGGGAGUACCAGCGCAACCUGGUGAAAACCCACCACGGCAUCGAGGACGACAAAGUCUUCACAGACUGGACGAGUUUGGUGUCGCAGCCUAAGUUUGCAGAUGGUGUCAUCAUUGCUACCCACACUCGGCUUCACCAGGCUCCGGCAGUGGCAUUUGCUAAAAAAGGAUACCACAUGAUGCAAGAGACGCCCAUGGCGUUGACCAUGGAGGGAUGUCAAGAGGUUUACAACGCAUGCGUGGAGAAUCAAGUGAUGUUUUGUUCCUGUCACGUACUUCGGUACUCCCCAGCAGCCAGUAAAAUAAAAGAAUUAAUCGACUCCGGUGCUGUGGGGGAUGUUGUCAACAUACAACAUAUAGAAAUGUACGGUACUAUAUACAGUACGCAUGCCACAGUCCGGGGCUAUCACCGUCGCCAGGAGAUGUGUGGAGCUUUCGUGCUCGCUAAGUCCUGCCACGACCUGGAUCUCAUCUCAUACUGGAUGGGCGAUAAGAAAUGUACGAGUCUCUCAGCAUUUGGCCAUCUAAGCCACUUCACGAAGGCCAACAAGCCUCCAGAAGCGAGCAACCGAUGCUGGGAAUGUCCUGUGGAAAGGAGAUGCCCAUUUUCUGCCAUUAAGAACUAUAUCGAACCAGUUAAAAACGGUUUCACUGGAUUUCCAGUAAAUAACGUAUCAGACGUCCUCGACGUUGAACACGUGACAGAAGCGAUUAAAACAGGGCCUUUUGGGAAGUGCGUUUAUGACAUGGACAACGAUGUUCAAAACCAUUUGGUGAUAGGCUUACAAUUCGAAGACGGUGCAACGGCAACCCACACAGUUGUGGCUUUCUCGGAGUUAAACGGAACGCGUGAAACCAAGAUAUUCGGGACAAUGGGUGAAAUUCGUUGUCGAUUUGGCGAACCUCUGCAAUAUACUGAUUUUCGUACAAGGAAGACUACGACGUAUACCCUGGAAGCACCCGGGCAGGACGUCCCUGAGCCUUUAAAACACUAUUGGGGGUCGGACUAUAACGUGAUACACUGCUUCACCAAGGCGCUUAGGGAAAACAACGCGGCAUCGAUACAGACUGAUGUUGCAGUUUCCUUGGCUUCCCACCAGAUGGCGUUUGCAGCGGAUCAAGCUUUGACACACAAGACUGUUGUUAAACUGUAGUUUGGUACUUUAUUAUGGAUAGUGGAACGUUUGAAGAAAUAUAUUAAGAAGGACAAGAGACACCAGUGUUAUUAUACUUCAAAAAGCAUCCGAUGCCAUGAUGGUGGUCACGAUGACAACAAAACAUUACUGCUGACAUUAUACUUCACGGACAGACUAUUAAUAAGUAUAAGAAAAUCUAAACCCUUGUAAAAUUUUUAUAUUGUAACUAUUUUUGCCGAAUUACAAUUGCAGAUAUUCUGAAUGGGACAAAACGAUAAUACCGCUUUUAAGAUUCAACGUAUAUUUUUAAGAAUAAGUGGUGUGCACGACACAAGAGACCAACAGAAAUGCACAAUUAUAAACUUUUUGGGAUGUAGUGGUUUUUGUGGGGUUUGUUUUACAAGAAGGCUAUAUGUGAUAGUUACAGUGCUCACACUGAGCCUCUCGGUUCAGUAUAAACGUUCAGAAGAAACGUACAUAUAUGGUUGCCUAAACCUGUAGCGUACUGUAUAUCACAACAUGGAAAAAAACCUGUAAAUCAAAAGUAAUGGUUUUGACUUUUGAAA